ACACACAUUACUAGGUCGACCAUCGACCAUUCACCGGCUCUGAGAAAUUAAGCCCCCACGGGUGAGCGUGGGUUCGAGCAUUAGAUAUGCGGCAUCGCAUCGAGGCAAACUCCCGCUCUGUCGAUGCGCUUCCCUUCCAUCUUGCCGGAAGCGGCCUUGCUCGAUCUCUUAUUCUCAUACUCUACGCAUUUAAGGGCGCCUGCUCCGGAAGGAAUCGCGUGUUCUGUAGAUGAUCCAUCGUUUAGAUCCGAUUACGGUCACUGGCUUCAGUAAUAUAGCUCAUGGGGAACGCCGUUGUUUGCGCGAAGAGGCGGGCCUCGGCAGUGGCCACCCGCCGAUGUCCUCAGCUUUCUGCAGCGGCAGCCAUGAGAAGUCGAACGGUGGGUCAAAUGAGAAAAUGGAAGCAAGUUGAUCACUUUGUGACACGGUCGAUCAGUAAGCAUCGUUUCUCUACGGGGUUUGCUAGCGUACAUGGCGAAAGGGCAUCCGCGGAAUAUGCAAAAUUAAGAAAGGAAUCCCUUGAAACGGAGUUCGGCCAUUUACUUGGAAAAUUUGGCUCAAAAAGCAUUUCCGCUUACCAUCGUUUUGGCCCAUUACUAGCUUUAUAUAGAGCUGGAAUUAUAUCGUUCCAUGUUGUGAAGCUAAUGGUAUGGCAAGUCUUUGUUCGCGACAUCCGUCAAAGAGCUGUUAAGUUACGGGAGACUCUAAUCCAGUUGGGUCCUUUCUAUGUUAAGCUUGGGCAGGCACUGAGCACUCGUCCAGAUAUAUUGCCUAGUGCUUAUUGCCAGGAACUCUCUAAAUUACAGCUGCAUGCAGUAGAGAGUGUAGCACUCCUCGUGGUCGCUCUCUCUCUUGCUUUCCAUAAUUCUUUCUUGGCACUUCAGGAUCAAAUACCACCUUUUCCAUCUUCUGUUGCUCUAAAGUCUAUUGAGUCUCAAUUGGGCGCUCCCAUUUCACAAAUAUUUGCUGAUAUUAGCCCAGAACCUAUUGCAGCAGCAUCAUUAGGACAAGUAUAUAAAGCUCAUUUGUCUUCUGGAGAGCUUGUAGCUGUUAAGGUGCAGAGACCUGGCAUGUCACUCUCCUUGACACUCGAUGCCCUUCUGUUUCAUAUGAUUGGUGGGCAAUUAAAGCGAUUCACAAUGGCUCGAACAGAUCUACUGGUUGCAGUAAAUGAGAUGGUGAGGCAUAUGUUUGAAGAGAUUGAUUACAUCCUUGAGGCACAAAAUGCAGAUCGGUUUGCUGCCCUCUAUGCUUGUUAUCCAAAAAAUGGUCAGAAUGUUCAUAGGAAACCGGUGGUGGAUGCUUUUGGAAAGAAAGUGACGAGCUGUAUCAGGGUUCCAAGGAUAUAUUGGGAGUUUACUCGUAAAGCUGUUGUCACGAUGGAGUGGAUAGAUGGAAUCAAGCUAAUAGAUGCUGUUCGUCUAGAGAAGGCCUGCUUGAACCGGAAAUUAUUAAUUAACCAGGGGCUGUAUUGUUCUUUGAGGCAGAUGCUUGAAGAGGGUUUUUUUCAUGCUGAUCCACAUCCUGGGAAUCUUGUUGCAACAAGUGAUGGAUCUUUGGCAUACUUUGACUUUGGUAUGAUGGGGGAUCUUCCUCGACAUUAUCGAGUAGGACUCAUUCAAAUGCUUGUUCACUUUGUUAAUCGUGAUUCUUUAAGCAUGGCAAAUGACUUCCUUUCCUUGGGAUUCAUUCCUGAAGGAACAGACGUCCAAUCUGUUGCAGAUGCUCUACAGUCAUCUUUCGGUCACGGAAGAAAACAAUCGCAAGACUUUCAGGGUAUAAUGAAUCAGCUAUAUGAUGUGAUGUAUGAGUUCAACUUCUCCUUGCCACCUGACUAUGCAUUAGUAAUCAGAGCAUUGGGAUCUCUAGAGGGGACUGCGAAGAUAUUGGAUCCUGACUUCCAGGUGGUAGAGAGCGCAUAUCCUUAUGUCAUAGGGAGACUUCUCGCAGAUCCAACUCACGACAUGCGGAAAAUAUUAAGGGAGCUUCUUAUCUGCAAUAAUGGUUCCAUUCGAUGGAAUCGGCUGGAACGUCUGGUAAUGGCAAUUUCUGAAUCGGCUGAACCAAAGGAGAAAGAAGAAAAGGCAUCUAUCCAUGCUCCAACUGCUGAAGAAUGGAAGUCGUUUGACAUGCGAGCUGUUGUACUUGCAACAGAAGACUUGUUUAAUUUCAUCUUCUCAGGGCAAGGCCUCAGAGUGCAAAUUUUUCUAUGCCAGGACAUUGUCAAAGCAGCUGAUGCCUUUUUUGACCCGAAGGUCUUAUCAUCGUUUUCUUCAGAAGGUGAAGAGAAAGAGAAGGGGAAUGCAACAAUCACAAGAGUGGUUGGUGGUCUCCGUUCUUUUCGUAGAGCAGUCAGCAUGGCGCCCGAAGUUUGGAUACCAAUGUUGAUACGCACAGCCCUCAAGCCAGAGGCUCACCAGUUCGUUUUUACUGUCCUUAUUAUGUUGUCUACGAUUUCAUGCCGUAAGAUUCCAGAAAGCCUUUGGCUCUGUAUAUCUAAGCUGCUUCACGAAUUUCAUGAAUAGUUGGGUUCUAUAUUAAUGAAGUUCAUUGCUUUAGUUA